AUGGCGGCCCCGGGAGACCGACACAACCAGAUAACGUCACCUCCCCAGCCCAGGUCCCUGGUCCCACCUCCUCUUGGCCCAGGCCUGCUGCGGGCCCAGGCACUGGGCACCCGGGAUAUGGCUGGGAAAAAAGAGCUGGUGUGGCAGCUGGUGCUCAACACCAGGGGGAAGACUCUGGGGAAAGAGAUUGUGAGGUGGAAGGAGGAGGCACUAUUUGAUCAAGUGGCAGAGGAAGCCGCGCCCCGCGCCCGCCCGCGACUGGUUUUCCGCACGCAGCUGGCGCACGGCAGCCCCACGGGCAGGAUCGAGGGCUUCACCAACGUCCGCGAGCUCUACGCCAAGAUCGCCGAGGCCUUCGGGAUCGCGCCCACCGAGAUCCUAUUCUGCACCCUAAACAGCCACAAGGUAGACAUGCAGAAACUCCUGGGCGGCCAGAUAGGGCUGGAGGACUUCAUCUUUGCCCACGUGCGCGGCGAGACCAAGGAAGUGGAGGUCACUAAGACCGAAGACGCCCUGGGGUUGACCAUCACGGACAAUGGGGCCGGCUACGCCUUCAUUAAGAGGAUCAGGGAGGACAGCAUCAUCAACCGGAUCCAGGCCGUGUGCGUGGGCGACAGCAUCGAGGCCAUCAACGACCACUCCAUCGUCGGCUGCCGCCACUACGAGGUGGCCAAGAUGCUCCGCGAGCUGCCCAAGUCACAGCCCUUCACCCUGCGCCUGGUGCAGCCCAAGAGAGCCUUCGAUAUGAUUGGCCAGCGGAGCAGAAACAGCAAAUGCCCCGCAGAUGCAAAAGUGACCAGCGGGAGGGAGACCCUGCGACUGCGUUCCGGGGGGGCUGCCACAGUGGAGGAAGUGCCCACCGAGUUUGAGGAGGAGGCGUCCCGGAGGGUCGACGACCUGCUGGAGAGCUACAUGGGCAUUCGGGACCCUGAGCUGGCAUCCACCAUGGUGGACACAGCCAAGAAGACGCUGAGUGUCCAGGAGUUUGCGCACCGUUUAGAUUCCGUCUUGGGCGAGUUUGCCUUCCCGGACGAGUUUGUGGUGGAGGUGUGGGCCGCCAUCGGCGAGGCCAGGGAGGCCUGCGGCUAGUCUGCCCCGGGGCUGAGCGCAGCCCCAGCCCAGAGCCCAGCCCCCUGCCGCGGCCCUCCCCGCCUGUUCCCGAAGCCCAGCCCUGCGCCAGAGCCCAGGCCAGCUC